ACGAGGGCUUAUUUCAGCCCUGGGACGGGUUCACGUCGUCCUUAUCUUCUUGAUCCUGUGCCCGAAGGUGUUCACAUGGGUGCAGAGGGUCGAUUUGUCGACGGUUACCUAAUUUGUUCCUUCAAUCAAAGCUUUGAUACUUUUGUGGAAGGCCACUCUUUCAAUCUCGGCUCCGAAAGGUAUCACUUGCAAAUUGCUGCUGGGGAAAUGAAUACGACCACGGAAGUGAUGGGCUUUCAUCACGAGCGGUAUUCUAUGUCGCCACGCUUGAACCUCACGUCAGCCGAACUGACCUUGGAACCCACGACGCUGGACUCGUUCUACGAGGGUUGCGGGGUCACGGCGGGUUGCAUGGGAUGCAACCAGGCAUACUCCUGCUCGGGUUCCGAGUCCUGCAUCUCCUCCAAGAACUGCGCAUCAAUGUUGAGGUACUCCGUUGCCGAUGGUCACUACGGUUUCCUGUUCUACAGAAGGGCGUCUUCUGAGGACAACUGGAUCAGUAUAGCACUCAGCGAGAACAAGGGCAUGGGCCCAAGUUCCAGUGCUACGAUUUGUGCUCCGAUGGGCGGCGAUGAAGGAGUCAGGCCUCAGUCCUACUGGAUCAAGGGGGAAGAGGAUCCUAUUCCAAUCGAAAAUGAGGUCGAGGGAUUGAUAGAAGACUCAACUGGGUCCUUCGAUGAUGGCUUGCUGUGGUGCAGCUUCUCUAGAGAUGCCAUCACAACUGUUGAAGGGAAAGAGUUUGAUUUGCUGAAUUCCAAAUUUUUCCUUACUGUGUCAGGUGCUCCAUCUUAUCAUGGUCCUAAGAAAGCUGUGAGUGGAGCUCCAGUGGAUUUUAAUAAAAUCACUGGACCUCUUGCUGACAACAAAUGGAAGCUGGAGGCUCAUGCAAUUUGUAUGAUCCUCGCCUGGCUGGGAUCCGCCUCGUGUGGGAUCCUCACCGCCAGGUAUUACAAAAAGUCCUGGUCAGAGAAGGAAAUGUGCGGGAAAGCCAUUUGGGACCGGAAAAAAAAGAAAACUGUUGCGGACCAGCGCCGGUCCGCGGACCACGUGUUAUUGGAAACUCUGUUACAGGUGCACGUGGCAAAUAUGCUGGCAACAGUUGCCUUGUCAGUGAUGGGCUUUGCUUUUAUUCUGAGCGAAUUGGGCGAGUUUGAAAAAGGAACGCAUCCAAUUGUUGGCCUCAUUUCAUUGAUCCUUGCAUUUGUUCAGCCCUUCAUGGCUUUGGCACGUUGUGAGCCUGAUCAUCCAAAACGGCCGAUUUUCAACUGGGCCCACUUUAUUGUUGGCAAUUCAGCACACAUCCUUGCAGUGACGAACAUUUUCCUGGCUGUUGAUAUGGAGGAAGGUGGCUUGCGAUUGCCAACUGUGUCAUAUUACUUCCUCAUCCCAGCAGUGGUUGUCUAUGUCUUGGCACAUUUGGGGCUUUCGGUCUUGGCUCCCCGACAGGCAAAGAAACAAAACGGAGGCGACAACGCGGGCGAGAAGCUGCGACAAGGGCUUCUGUUUCUGCAAAUAAUCGUGUCUUGGACAAUGGCCCUCAUUCUUUGUCUGAUCAUCACAGGAGAUCUUAAAGUAGAUCCUGACGGGAAGAAAUUUGCGUGAAUCCGGUUCAGAAAUCUCGGGGAAAUCCCAAACCUUUGUUCCAUCCAUUUCCGGUGUAAAAUUUGAAUGAACGGAGUCGAGUUGAACGUUUUAACCGAAAACGAGUCAAAAUUCUCGAUGACCGCCAUGCCAUGAACUAUAUUCGGGUUAUUUAGAGUGUAACAUUUUGGGCGAACAAGUAAAACCAUGAACAAAAAAACGAUGACA